CAAACUUCUUCACUUGUUAGAAGCGGGCAACGCAUCUAAUCUAACCAAAUAUUAUGAGUCAACGAGUUCAAAAGGGAAGUACGGUAUUUAGACCAGUCGCCAAAGCGCGACCUCGCGCACAGGAGGCCAAUGUACCAAAACAACCAGCCUCAAUCCCUGACACCCGUCCUCCAGUUCCUCCGCCUUCGUCACAACAGCAUGCUCCAACUGUGGUAGCUGUGGCGCCCCUUCCUCCUCCCGUUGUAUCUUCUUCCAUGCCUCCGCCGAUCGUGGUCCCUGUCAGAGUCCCUAUCACUACUGUGCACCCUCCUCAGAGACCUCCGAUGCCUAUAAACACUCCAAUACCUCUUCCCACUACUCGAGAUCCUCAAGUGCAGAUGUCUCAGCCUCUGCCUGCACUCCCUGUCAUCCACGAACAUCCUGUUGUAGUUAUUCCCCCGCCCGCGGAGCCCGAGUCACAAGCAUCCAGCUCCCGAAAACGUAGGUCUCAAUCUCGCGCGUCUUCUGAAGGUCCGAAGAAAUCUCGCAAAACACGUGCUCCUUCUUUGCCCUACGAUGCCAGUGUAGACCCUGGCGAAGAUUUAGAUCCGACUGCUGUGACUAUGGCUACAUUAUGUGAAGAUACAGGAUGGGGUCGUGUCAGCAGCAAAGCAUCACAAAUUGUCGAUAAUCACUUGGCCUGGAAAAAAACUAACCGGGAAAAGAGAGCGCGAAUGAGAGUUUCUAUGGAGGCGAGAAAGUAUGGUCGAAAUGAGGAUGACACUGCGCAGCCUGGUCAAAUCAGCUCUGGGCCUGAACAAAGUGCCGUCACAAAUGGGGCUGCGAUACCUGCAGGACACAAUCCUGUGUCCGUGAACGGAGGCCAGCGCGAAGGCGCCGUCACAGACACGAGUGGUAGCGGAUUUGACUAUUCUCAAGACGUCGCUACCAGUCGAUAUAACGUUCAAAUCCGUAUUGGGCCUAAUGGAGAAACCAUCAUCGACGAAGAGUCCCUGUUUGUGGACAGGAAUGCUGGGGACGAGACUGCAGACUACACUCAUGUCGAGGAGUCCGAUGUCUCCAAAUUCGUGAAUUCUGGGACGUAUGGGAGGCGUUUCCGGGGUUCUCGCUGGAGUGCAGAAGAGACGGAGUUGUUCUACGAUGCGCUAUCGCAAUUUGGCGAGAAUUACGAAUUAAUAUCUUAUGUGCUACCUGGCCGCGACCGCAAGUCAUGCAAGAACAAGUUCAAAGCAGAGGACAAGAAGAACUCGGCAAGGAUAAAUUACUGCCUAAAUAACCGUCAGCCAUACGAUAUACAAACUUUGUCGCGAAUGACGGGAAAGGACUUUAGUGGUCCAACUCCAGAGAUACGACCGCCACCCGUUCUGACGCUUGCUGAAACGGAGGGGGAUCCAUCAGUCGAAGAAGCAAUUUCGAAGAAACAGAGCCAGACCCCCGCUGUGGAAGAUGAUGGGGAGGAGGUUCUUGGUGAUAUAUCCAGUUACUUGUGAUUUUGCAAGUAGAGACCUGAAGCCAUUCACACCUAUUGUUGUACAAUCAACUCCUUCCGUCAUUAGCCGGGGUAGC